AUGUCUAAAAAGCAAAAUACGAAAGAUCCGUCUGGGUUUAUUUUUGAUGUGCAGUCCAAUACUGUGAUGGCCCAAGGAGGAACCUUUGAAAACAUGAAGGAGAAGAUCAGCGCGGUGCGUGCAAUAGUCCCCAACAGGAGCAACAAUGAGAUUGUCCUCGUGCUGCAGCAUUUUGACAACUGCGUGGACAAAACGGUACAAGCGUUUAUGGAAGGCAAUGCCAGUGAAGUGCUGAAAGAAUGGACUGUAACGGGCAAAAAGAAGAACAAGAAGAAGAAAACCAAACCGAAACCGCAAGCUGAAUCGAGCCCUGGCCUCCCAGACCCCGGUAAAUUGGUGUCCACUGAAGAGGAGCAGUCGGCAAACUCGGAGAAGGGUGGAAUUAACGGUUUCCAUGUCAACGGCUGUGCCCACGACACGGAGUCUGUGGACUCGCUCAGCGAAGGUUUGGAUGCACUUUCAAUUGAUGCCAGAGAGCUGGAGGAUUGCGAGUCUGCUGCACCAGACAUGCCUGAUAGAACAGCAGUGCCUGAACUAGAGAAUGGAAUAGCAGACUUUGACACAAAAUCGCUCAUCAUGCAUCCUUCCCAGAGCCCUUCGUCUCUUAGACAGCGGCCUGAGCAGAGGAGCGCUAGCAGGUCUCUGUCCAGAUCAGCAACCAGCAAUUCAACUCCCGCCUCCCUCUCCGUCACGCGGCUGGAAGAUGCUCCGCUCUCACCCGCAAACAAGAAGCUGGGUUCUAAUAUUGAAAAAUCAGUGAAGGAUCUCCAGCGCUGCACCGUUUCGCUGGCUCGGUACCGGGUGGUGGUGAAGGAGGAAAUGGAUGCUUCCAUUAAGAAGAUGAAGCAGGUCUUUGCUGAACUGCAGAGCAGCCUUAUGGAUCGCGAGGUGGCGUUGCUGGCUGAAAUGGACAAAGUGAAAGCAGAAGCGAUGGAAAUUCUGGUCGGCCGCCAGAAGAAGGCAGAAGCCCUGAAGAAGAUGACUGAUGUGGCGGUGCGAAUGUCGGAGGAGCAGCUGGUCGAGCUCAGAGCCGACAUAAAGCACUUUGUGAGCGAACGGAAGUACGACGAGGACCUGGGCCGGGUGGCGCGCUUCACCUGCGACCUCGAGGCGCUGAAGAAGAGCAUCGCCUCCUUCGGCCAAG